AGGUUAUAAAAUGUAGAGACAUUGUCUAUGACCGGGCUUCUUUCUUCUAAAAUUCAGUUCAGUCCCUUUUCCCCUGUCGUCUGCGAAAAAAUGGCUGAUAAUAAGUUAUACGAAAUUUUGGGGGUUACUAGAAAUGCGAGUGAUUCCGAAAUAAAAAGGAGCUACCACAAAUUGGCAAAAGAAUUUCAUCCAGAUAAAAACCCAGCGGCAGGUGACAAGUUCAAGGAAAUUAGCUACGCUUACGAAGUAUUGUCAGACCCUAAAAAAAGACAAACGUAUGAUAAGUAUGGAUUGAAAGGCUUACAAGAAGGAGGCCAGGGCGCUGGCUUUCGCCCUGAUGAUUUUUUCGGCCAUAUUUUCGGAGACAUAUUCGGGAGACAAAUGGGUGGCGGCAGCGGAGGAAGACGGCGUGCUGUUGGAGAGGAUACUAUACACCCAUUAAAAGUGUCCUUGGAAGACAUGUAUAUGGGCAAAACAGCAAAGUUGCAACUAAGCAAAAAUGUGAUUUGUGCAGCCUGCAAGGGUAUAGGUGGGAAACCAGGAGCUGUUGUAUCUUGUAAGGAUUGCCAUGGACAAGGUAUGAAGGUAUCCUAUCAACAGGUUGGACCAAACAUGACUCAACAAUUCCAGACUCUCUGUCCGACUUGCCAAGGACUGGGUGAAACUAUUAAUGACAAGGAUAAGUGUCCGAAAUGUAAAGGUAAAAAAGUUACUAACGAGAUUAAAAUAUUGGAAGUACAUGUGGAAAAAGGUAUGAGAGAGCACCAAAAAAUUUUCUUCAGGGGAGAGGGAGACCAGCAACCUGACACUCAACCUGGUGAUGUUAUCAUUGUACUACAGCAAAAGCAGCAUGAAGUUUUUCAAAGAACUGGUGAUGAUUUAUUGAUGAAGCAUGAGAUCACUUUGACCGAGGCACUCUGUGGCUUUGAGUUUGUUGUGAAGCAUUUGGACAGCCGUGAUUUGCUCAUUAGACACAAUCCAGGUGAAGUGAUCAAGCCUGGUGAUCUCAAGGGUAUUCAAGGAGAGGGCAUGCCUACAUACAAAAACCCAUUUGAGAAGGGUAAUUUGUACAUAAAAUUUGAUGUUGUUUUCCCUGAGAAUAACUUUGCCUCUGAAGAACAAAUGAAACAAAUAGAAAGUAUAUUACCUCCUCGCCCUGCUUUUGUUAUGCCUACUGGUGAAGAUGUGGAGGAAGUUAAUUUAAUGGAGUAUACUGCUAGUGAGCGAGGACAAGGUAGAGAAGAAGCUUAUGCUAGUGAUGAUGACGAACAUAUGCAUGCUGGACCAGGAGUACAGUGUGCCCAUCAGUAGUUCAAUUUUCCAUUUGUAUGGAAUGCUACUCAAACCUCACAUAAUAUUAUUAUGUAUUUUUAUCAUAGGUAGUUUAAUAUAAAUAAAAAUAUCACAGCAAGAAUGUUACAGAAUGCUAGAAUCAUUCAACAACAGUAAUGAUGCUUUUGCACCAAUGUCAAAAAAUAAUAACUGACUUCAAAUAACUUUGUCUGAGACUAUGUUUAUUUACCAUGUGUAAGGUCACAAUCAAAUUAUUAUUGUAAUUUGCAUUAGGAAGUUUUAAGUCUCAUUUUAUGUGCAAACAUUCUUUCAUUUUUGUGAAUAGUUAAGCAUGAAUAGUUAAAUUGCUAGUGAGUUUUUGUUUCAUAAUUCAUUCCAGGUACAUCUUGUAUGGCUGAGGCAAAAUAAUCAUUUUAUUUUUAA